AUGCAAUCAAUCAACGUUCAAUCACCUCAAUCACAAAAGAGCAAAGCAAAACCACCUACUUCGUCAAAAUGUCAGCUGAAAUUUGACUAUGCACCCAGUGCUGACGGGAUCGAUUAUAAUCUACUCGUUCUUUUCCACGGGCUCGGCGAUUCCAAAGGCCCUUUCUCAAAACUUGCCACCAAACUCAACCUUCCGCAAACAGCUACUCUCGCCGUUCAGGCUCCAGAACCGGUUCCCUUAUUGGAGGGCUGCUACCAGUGGCAUCCCAGUUUUGAUUUUUUGACAGGCGAUCUACUCACUCCUGCGAACCCAGAGCGACUUAAAGGAUUAACUCGUACACGCAAACUAGUUACAGAACUGCUCGAGCAUCUAACAAACGAUUGUGGAUUCGAAGCGUCUAGAAUAUUCUUGUUUGGUUUUUCACAAGGUGGUACGGUUGCAUUGGAUGUUGCCUUGUCUGGCAGUAUCCGAAAUUUAGGUGGUGUCGUGAGCAUCAGUGGUUAUCUCUUGGAGGAGCAACGAUUCGAGAAAAAGAUUGGAAAUGGCUAUGGAGGAUAUAUCUUGGUAACGCAAGGUGAAAAGGAUCAAGUGAUUGGAAACCGCUCCCAAGCGGAAAAGAAGUUUCAAGAAAUCCAACGACUGUGCUCAGCGGAUGCACUUACAUCUCAAAUUUUUAUAUCCAACAAAGAUCAUUCCAUGGCAAACUCAGCAGCUGAAUGGCGGAUCCUCCAUACUUUCUUUGCUGAACGUAUGCCGCGAAGGAAUUUACAAUUGGAGAACAUGUCAGAUGUGUACCUUGUAAAUCCAUAA